AUGGCCGAAGAAUCAUCAGCUUUACCAGUAAAAAAUUUGGAUGUAUUCACUGAUCCAUUGCUGCAACGUCUCCAUCGAAUGUUUACCGUAUUUAGUGAUAAUCAACGCCAUAUAAGUUCAUAUCAAGCUCAUUUCAUCAUUGGGCAGUUGUUCAGGUUAAAUCUUGGGACUGAGCAGAUACAGAACGGUUUAUCAACAUUGAUACGGUCUGAUGCCAUAACCUUCCAUGAUUUGUUACGGAUGUGUGAUUUACUAUUUCCGGAUCGAAAACAGUUCGAACCAUUGGUAGAUCGGGUUUUUGAGCGAUAUGUACAGCACAUUAUUUGUAAGGGCUUUUUACUGCACUGCAGCAAAAGGAAUAAAAAGAAGCAUUGCCUGAUAGCAAGCAAUAAUUCCAAAUGGCGAGUUUAUUGGUGUACGAUAACACCUGGUGCGAUGCAGUUGUGGCCGUUGCAUAAAUCGACAACUGUUAGAAAUAGAAGAACAAUCGCUAUCGGUCAGACAUCAUCUGUUCAAGUAAGUACAUUCGAUGAGGAACGAUUUACAUGGCUACUUAUCGCAGAAUCAAAGCAGAAAUACGAAUUUGGUCAUUUCGAUGAACUGCGACGGAAGCACUGGAUACUCGCAAUGAAUUUGGCUAGAGAGCAAAGAUCGGUGGAGGAUUUGCAGAACUAUGACCGAGAGUGUUCGCGUAGCACGGAGUAUCGUGUGCUACAAGACAAAAAUUUGUCCUGGAGAUUGGCACUCGAGUGUGAAAAUGAACGGUUGAUGCAAUUGCUAGACGAUCAAAGAAGGGCCCUUCGCGAUGAGGAAAUCGUUAGAACGAUAGCUGCUAGGAUGCUUGACGAAGAACGUGAGAGACGCGAAAAGCUGGAAGAAAAGUUACAGGGUUUGAUUAGGAAUCUCGACGAAAACUGCAAUAGCGAUUCCGGCACGACAAGAGAUGUCCUGGAAGGUUGA